AUGAUCGUGACCAUCCAAAAGAUUGAGAUAUCUAACCUCCAGGAUGACCAUGGUCCUCAAGACCAUCCCAAUACUCGACCCUCCUACUGGACACUAUGGCUCCCCUACCUGAAGUCAUGGAGCAGAUCUUCUCCCCGCGUCGAUAUCAAUUUGGAUGUGGGAGGGACGGGCCGUCCCAGCCCACUCCGGACAGCGACCGUCAUCGAGCUAGACCCCGCUGCUUUUUCCCUUCAAGGCCCAAUAGCGUUCACCAUUCAAAGUCAAUGCGAUGAUACCAUCAAACUGACAGACUCGCUCGACCUCAAACCGCUUACAUUAUUCACGCUGCCACACACGAGGAAUUUAAGAGAUGAACUUCUAAAGAAGGUCGCGUCAUUUAAAGAGAAUGACGAUGUUUUCUGUGAUGCCUUUUUAAGCACUAUUCUGGUGGUAUUACCCUCUCGUGAUGGAGCCUCCAUCAACGAAUCCGCCAUUGAUUUGCCCGAAGAAUGGGGUUGCCACGACUUCUUCUUGACUCACACGGCUGCCAACAGAAAGAUUAUGUCUCCCGGGCCCUACUUCUUUUCUAGCAGAGGACUUUACCAGGCCUGGAGACUAUUUCCUGAUGAGGUUGAUGCCUUCGUUUCGAGUACUCUUCCUUCACAGCAUGAUCCGUAUACGUACGAGAAUCUAAACGCUAUGGCGUACGGCGGUCCUCAUCUCUGUGUAGCUGUACCUUCUAGGCUAAGAUUCUCAGACCGCAAUGAACCUCUAGCUGGCAUGCGAAUUGCAGUCAAGGACCUCUUCCAUCUUAAGGGCAUUCGUACAGGGUGUGGAAACCGAGCCUACAGGUCACUCCGCGAAGACGCAGAAGUCUCGUCUCCUGCCUUACAAGACUUGCUGAGACUCGGAUGUAUCAUCCUGGGUAAGACGAAAACGGUGGAAUUUGGUGGUACUCAGGAGGUCAUUGGCGACUGGUGUGACUAUUCAUACCCAUUCAACGUCAGGGCUGAUGGAUACCUGGCUGCUACGGGGAGCAGUACAGGGUCUGCAUCUGCGUUGGCAGCUUACCCCUAUAUCGAUGUGACCCUGGGCACCGACGCCGGUGGGAGCGUCCGAGACCCGGCGGUUGCCCAUGGUCUCUUUGGCUUCCGACCGACCCAUGGCGGUGAAGCCGCAGAAGACGUUGUGCUUCCCUGCAGCCAUUGGCCGAAGCCUUUGACCAAAAUCCACUUCCGGCCCAAGCGUAUCCUCUUUCCAGAGGAAUUCCUCGCCAAUCGUAGGGAUGUCCAAGAGCUCGUUGUGAAGCUGACGUUUAUCGACACCGUCUACAGCGAAUACUGGAAGGAUUCCAAAGAAUUCCGCCAGGAAUAUGAGUUGAAAUACGGCACGAAGCCAUACGUCUGCAAAACUACUCAGUUUCUAUGGUAUUGA